GUUUUUCGAGACAGGGUUUCUCUGUGUAGCUUUGCGCCUUUCCUGGAACUCACUUGGUAGCCCAGGCUGGCCUCGAACUCACAGAGAUCUGCCUGGUUCUGCCUCCCGAGUGCUGGGAUUAAAGGCGUGCGCCACCACCGCCCGGCUCUGAAAUUAUCUUGAUGCAGAAUAAAGCAAUCUGUACUUCACUCUAAGCUGCAGGAUGACAUAUCAUAUAGAUGAUCCAGUGUCCAUCACCAAUCCUGCACAGAAAGAUUUCUUGUCUUCACAUAGAAUACCAUGAAGGAGUUGUUUUCUUUGGUAGGGCAGGGGGAGAGAGCAGAUUUGAGGAAGUGGGAAUUCAAACACAAUCUAAAUUGUACUUGGACUGCAGCCAUGUUCAGCUCACAUCUCCAGUAGGCGUGGGAACACCAAAAGACUAAAGGUUUGGAAAUUUGAUACUAUGAAAGGAUUUUCAUUCCUACAUUUCCCUGUAAAUAUUUCUUCCUGGUAGAAAUUCACUUGACAUAAUAUGUAACUGCUAUUUUACAUUGAAAAUUAUAGAAACUUCCUCCAAAGUAAAAAUAAGAGUACGGAAAGAAAAGUGGAGUUCAAAGACAAAAGUCCUCUCUGGCUAGUAUUCUUCUCUUUCUCUAUUUUGUGAGUGAAGCCCUGUGGGAUUUCCAAGUAGAAGAGGAUUGAAUCAUAAAUGGAAUCUAAAACGCUGCACACUAGGCUUCAUUCCAUUCCUAUUCAUGGGUACUUCUAGGUUUUGAAAUCUACAAAGAAACCUUUGUUUAGCUACAACAGCAUUUUUCGGAAGGAAGGCAUUCCACAGGUAGUGCAGACUAGGUCCAGAGAAUGUACUCAGACUCUGUGCAGACAGUUUAACAAGGACUUCCAGCUACCAAGGCGCUCCGGAGAACAGGCUCUUCCUUUAAUCUAAGGAACAGGUGAGGAACAGGCAGAACCUGCUUCUCCAGGUGUGAAGUAAGCAAGCCGCACUUCUCAUUUGAUAGCAACAGCAAAUGUACAACUUUAUCUCCAACUUAUUUGACUUCAUUGUUUGGCUUUCAAUUAACUGUAUGAGAACCAUAAAGCCAGCCUGUGGCUUAGAAGUGAUUUAAGCGUUUGAUGGAGCAUUACACUCCAUGGCACUCGGAUUUUCUCCCAGACUAAGAACUCUAACACCACGGGUGAGAAAACAAGAACAAGACAGUAAGGUAAGCGAAUUAACGUGUGUGUGUGUGUGUGUGUGUGUGUGUGUGUGUGUGUGUGUGUGUGUGCGUGCUAUUUAAAGUGAAAUAUCCAGACACUGAAAGAAUGGCUCAGCAGGUCCUCCAGUGACUUUCCUGUUUAGAUUUGCACAGAGCUGCAAGCAGCUGACCUGUCCUGGCUAUGAGGAUCGACCUGUAGAGGACUGAGGUGGAGUUACCAACCUUAGAUGAAACCAUUACUUUAAUUCUAAUAAAACGACUUCUCAUUUUAGAAACAUUAGAAAAGCAGAUCCUUUGAAAACAAAUCUGAAAUUCUUUUUUUUAUAGACAUUAAAUUAAUAAUGCUAUGUUUAUUUUAGACAGGACUUUCAUACUUAAUACUGAACAGAACUUUAUGCCCAAAUUUGAAAGAAAAACAUUAAUUUCUUCAUUCUUAUUUCCCAGGAUCUGCUAAAACUAAUUUGAAGAAAUUUUAAAAUGGUUUUGUUGGAAAAGGACUACUAUAAAAUAUCAAAGCACUCAAACAUUUUAACGUUGUAGAUAGUGUGUUGAAAGUACUUAAAAAUUUAUCAUAGUUUUUUCAAGCUAUUAGAUCAACUUAAUAGUUAAAUCGGCACCAUUUAAAUGUAACAUAUUUCCUAAGUUAUAAUUGUUCCUAUCUCUGAAUUUAAUAAAUACUCAUUUCAAAUCAACUUAAUGACUUUUAUAAAGUAUUUUUAAAGGAGAUAUGAAGUUGGCCAUGUAACAUGCAAUGUAAUCUCUCUUCAAGGCUACCCACUUUGAAGUUUAAUAUGAAAACUACUUCAUAUCUAUUCAACUUAUCUGAAUCAGAUAAGCAAAAGUAAAAACAACAAAUAACUCUUUAUAAAGUUAUGAUUACUAAUUAGUUCAACAAGACAACUAACACAUCUACAUCAACUCCAAAGAAAGAAUACUGAAAGAAUACAUUACUGAAAAUGCCAGCUCAUUCAAGCUUAGAAAAUAUAUAUAGUAAGAUCCCCAGUUUUAACCUUGAGCUAGAAAAUGCUGAAAGCUGCCUUCAUAUACAAGAACAAAAUGUAUUUCUUGAAUAUUUAUUAAUCAACAUAGUAACUACAGAAAGUUUACUUUAAAAAAUCCACAAGCAUAUUAAACAUGUAUCCCAACUUAAUUUUAUUAUUAUUUUUCGUUAAUUUUUUGUUUUGUUUUGUUUUCAAGAUAGGGUUUCAUUGUAUAGCCCUAGCUGUCUUGGAACUCUGUACACCAGGUUGGCCUUGAAAUCACAGAGAUACACCUGCUUCUGCCCACCAGCAUUAAGAUUACAGGUGUUCACCACCACUGUCCCAUGGUAUAUUUCUAACACUGUCUCACGUUAUAUUUCUAAAGGUAAUGUACAUUCACGUUUGUCUCUAGGAAUCGAAUUCUGUGUAACAGGGUGGAGAAAGUUUUCUUUGAGUCACUCCUCUUUACUUUCCUCUUUCCCACAAGAAACUAUUACAAGUUAUUACCACAUGUAUCAACUACCAUCAUAUUGUUUUUCUUUUCUAAAAUACCAUGUUUAAACUCACAGAUAUAGGCAACAUUAUGAGUGAAACUCAAACCACAUAGCAAAUUCAAAAACGUAGAGUAGUAAAUUAAACAUACUGAUGAUCUUAUCUUCUAUAGACAUAAUACUACUGCACUAAGAAACUGCAUGUAAUAAUGAUCUCAUGAAUUUCAUCUAGCCUAACCAAUUAAAUGAUUUCUUAUGAGUUUCAUAUUUUAUGAUUAUAUGAACUGUAUCCAAAAUUUAAAUUAUAAUAUGCUUAGUUCUAAUUUAUGAAAGUAAAAUUAAACUGGAAACAGUGUACAUAUAGUUAUGAACACCAACUGCUAAAAAAUACAUACACACAGCAUUUAAGUGCACCUGAGUCCUUAUAAGUGAGUUUCUAUACAGUCAUACAAAAAUUGGAAGAAAAUUAUGAAUAUGAUAACACUAUUGUAAAGGUCAUCACCUAUGUCUUCACCAAGGUAGACAGCUAUUUUACAAAUGGUUCCCUUUAGUUUAGAAUAUGGAGGGAUGUCUUAUAUAAACUUAACUUUAAAAAUAUCAAUUUGAAACUAUAUUUUUUUAAAUAGCAAAAUCUAGCAGAUUCUAGAAAUGAAGAGGGAACAUAACCACAGUUAUGGGGAGACGUUAAACACAACUACACUGGACUACUAGAAGAAAAGAGUCUGUCUUAGAGGCUGGGACUUAGGAAAUAAAUAUUACAGGAAAUAAAACUGAAUUUCCUAGAUGAACUAGGGAAAAUAGAACAUAGUCUGUACAGACACAGAAAUAGCUAUUUUAACUUGUCCAGAAUUCCAUCAGGAAUAACAAAAAUCUCAGAAAACUAAGAUAACUAUCUCUCUGUCUGUCUGUCUAUCUACCUACCUACCUAUCUAUAUACAUAUACAAACACAUAUGUUUCUGUACCUUUUCUGUGAUACUGUAAAUACAACCCAGAGUAUCAUGUAUUACUGAGCAAGCUUUCUAGCACUGAGAGAUGUCACUGGACUCUGGGUCUGCAUUUCCACUCCCUGACAACAGUGGACAAAUCCAUGGCUCUAGUGGGAACAACCAAACAAUCUCAGAUUGAAUCCAUAACUUAGAAAGGUGUCAGGGGCAUUCCCGCAUAAUAUAAUACCUCAAGGGACACAAAAAAACACUUGUCCACCUUCAAGAGAGUAGCUAGAAGUUAACGGCCACCUGAAAGAAAAGAAUUUACUACCAAGAAAGAUAGCAUAAUAAUAUAAAGAAACUUUAACAUAAAUAUGUUAGAUAUUCCAAAGAAAUAAACUGGCAAUAUCUUAUUCAUCAAAAAUGAUGCAUACCAUAUAUACAUUAUAGCUAACUAUGUAAAUUACAUCAUCUAAUUUAUAUGCACGCACUGGUAUUCAGCAGCAAAAAGAAACCUAAUUCAAUUUACAUAUUUGCAUUUUCACAUCAAUAACAGCGAUGUAAAGAAAGAAAUGUUCUAAUAUUUACUUGUGUUUUCUGUGCACACUUGGCAUGUGAAUAAUGUACAUGCGUGCAUUUGCACACCCCUCUGCACCUACUAAAACUACACUUCAGGAAAAAGCUUGCCUAUGACCCCAAUAACUGCUGCAAUUUUUGUAAAGAUGAAAGAAAGGGUCAUCCCAUCCUAAACAUGUGAGAGGAGGUGCUGUAAUGCCUGUGAGAGGCUCAGGGCUUAACUGGAUAUGGAGAUGGCCACUGUCAGCAAAGUGGAAUUGAGGUCUCCAAGUAACCAAGAUGGAGACCAGAAUGCUUGUGAACACACAGACAUGAAUGUGAACAAUAACCAUUCCAAACUUUAACUCAAGGCCUGAGAAUAGUCACUGCACUGCCAUAUCUUAUUGGGCAAACAGAAUUAGUUAGAUUUUUUUUUACAAAUGAAAUUUAACUUUUACAAAAAAGUACAAGUUAAAUUUAUUACAAAGCUAAUAAUAUUUCCACUUAAUUUAGAAUUAAGGACUUAGACUCUAAAAUUUGCAUUAAGGAUUAUAUUGAUUGUAAUUAACUACAAUUAAUUAUAAGCCAUAAUUACCUAUAAUAUGUGACAUAACUUGUUUAGUAUAAUUAAAACAGGGGAAAUUGUUGGGUGGGUGAUGCAUAUCUGUACCCUCAGAGCUUGGAAAGAAGAAAUAAAAGGACUAUGAGUUCAAGGCUAGCGUGGAUGAAAAGCAAGACCUGUCUCAAAAGCCCAACGGCCAGUGCUGGUGAGAUGGCUCGGCAAGUAAUGGUUAACUGCUGCCAAACCUCAUGACCUGAGUUCAGGUCCUAGUAAUCCGCAUGGUGGAAGGAAGGAACCAACCACCAACUCCAGAAGUUGUCCUCUGACCUCCAUACAUGGGCUAUUACACACACACACACACACACACACACACACACACACACACACACACACACACGAGCAUACACAUAUGUACAAUACUACACCACUAAUUAUAUAAUAAACAAGGGAAAACUAUAAAAAAAGAGAUAUAAAAUCUUUCACAUAUAAUUGUUUGCUCUAAUAUUGAAAUCUUUCCUGAUCAAAACUACUGCUUUCAUUUUAAUAAAGGACAUAAACAAUAAUAGUCUGAAUAUUGCACAGUACAUUCAUUCUGUUUUGUUUCCUAGACCCAUGGAAAAGGGGUAAGAAAUAUUUCUAGAAGAUAUACAUGAUACACAGAUCCAUAAUUACAUUUCUAGCAUAAUAUCCCAUCUUCUAUUCCUCUGUGACGAAUUUUCAUUUCACAAGUUUUCUACAUUUAACUUUAUUAUUGUUGUUCACUCCAAGCUGUGAAACUCACUGCUUUGGUAAUUUCAAAUUGAACAGUCUUCAUCAGAAGGUGGAGAAGUUUCUCCUUGCAAGGAAAGUAGGAAACAGAACAAAGAAGGUGAUAGGCAAGAAGAAUCCUUUUCCGGCUUAGAAAAUCCUUAUUUUGAAUUUGGAUUUCAUGUUACAACGUCACAUCUGUGGGGGAGGUGGGGGUGGGUGGGAGGAUUAUCUACAAACUACUGUGGUUAAAAUAUUUAAAAUAGUUGAAGUAAAUUGAACACUUCAAAUGUCCUAUAGUCAGCAGAAGCUUGCAACACAAGAGUUCAGUAAUAAAAUUACAAAGCAAGUAUUUAAGCAAACAGCUAACAUGCAAAAGAACUUUCUAUGUUAAAAGGCUUCCUCCCUUGUGAUGCAGAGUCUUUCCUCCAUGCUCAACCAUUCCAAUGGCUUGUAUUUAGAACUUGCUGUGUGCCUAGAUAAUCUUUCCCUUCAACAUGCUGGCUUUUCCUCUAAGAGAAACCAAAGGGGGAUCUCAGGCACAGUAGUAGACUUUAACUGGAAUCUGUCUUGAGAAAAGAUGAGGGUAAGAGGAUUAGAAAGAAGAAACGGCACGCGGGAGACUAUGACAGUAAUCCAAAUGAAAUAGAAAUGCCUUGGACCAGACUGGAAGAGGUGGCUGGCUCCAAACAUACUGAGGAAGAAAGGCUAAUGCAUUUUAUUAGCUGUCUGGAAAUGAGCUAAGAUAUAAAAUGUUGAAAAGAAAUAAUCAACAAUGACUUGAGCUUUUGAAUCUGAGUCACUGAAAGAAGAGAGUUGCCACUGACUGAGUCAGAACAAUCUAGGCAUUGAGAUAGUGCAGAGUCACUUCAGGUGUGCCCAUCCAAAUGGGACUCAGCAAGCAGAAAGGUGUCUAAGAAUAAUCUAGACUGAGAUCCAACUUGGAAUCAACAGUAUUUAGUACUAUCAUUAAAACUAAUGAUGGCUACUCUUCACCUUAUAAGCAUCCCAAUAUUCAGAGGUGGGGAGAGAAGCCAGGAGCCUGAGGGAGGGUGGGAAAGAAAGAACAAAGGAUCAAGGGUCAAACACUUUUUUGGAAGUGUCUCAAAAAAUAAUUCUGUCAGGUGUGGCUGAUUAGCUAAAAAAAUCAUCAAGCCAUAUUGCUUCUAACUCCAAAAACAUUUCCCACUGAUUUCCAUGGAUUCUAUCUCUGUUUUAUUAUUCAACUCUCUUAUGAACCAUUUUGCUGUCCUGGGAAACAAUUCUAUAUAAAAUAAGUAAAAAAAAAAAUCUUGGAAAACGAAACUCCUGCCAAUGCCACAUUUGCUCUUCAUGUGUCUUCUACAGCAUCUGUGGAAAACUCACAUUUUUUACCCUGCAUUAAGUCAACUACGAUCUGUUUCCUAGCUACCUUUCUGAUUUCUCUCCUCUAUCUUAAUUUUCCUUCUCUUAAUUUCUACCUACAUAGGCAUUAAUUCUGUUCUUAAAGUACAGCAGCCUCAGGCUGGAGAGGUGGUUCAGCAGCUAAGACAAUGCACCAUUCCUGCAGAGAAUGUGAGCUCCAUUCCUAGCUCCUACAGCAGGUGGCUCACAGCCACCUUUAACUCCAGCUCCAGAGCAUCCAACACCUCUGGUCUUCACAGACAUUGCUACUCAUGUGCGAGUAUCCAUUCAGAAACACACACACAUGUACACAUAAUUAGAGAAAAAAAAUCUUUUUUAAAAGUAUAUUAUUCGGGGUUGGGGAUUUAGCUCAGUGGUAGAGCGCUUGCCUAGCAAGUGCAAGGCCCUGGGUUCGAUCCUCAGCUCUGAAAAAAAAAAAAGAAAAGAAAAAAAAGGUAUAUUAUUCUUACUCACUGGUUUGGUAUUCUAUCUCCUAUAUAAAGCCUAUAUUCUCUUUCCUCUUCACCUGUCUGGCUUCUGAAGAGUUUGGACUCACAACCCAAGUAUCUCCUUAGAGAGGUCUUGUGUAGCAGGCUUUCUUUUGGGCCACUGACCAGUUCACAAAUCAUGGCAUGGAGACUUAUUAGUUAUCUUAUGCUCGGCCUUAUCUUUUGCUUCUCUGACUAGCUCUUAUAACUUAAAUUAACCUGUUUCUUUUUAUCUACAUUUUGCCUCAGGGCUUUUUACCUUUCUUUCAGUCUGUAUAUCUUACUCCGUAUCUGGCUGUCUGGCUGCCUGGCCCUGGGCAUCUCCCUCUUUUUCCUCAUUCUCUUUUCUCUUCUCUCUAGAACCUAGAUUCUUCCUCCUACUUGUUCUCUCUGUCCGCCAGCCCCACCUACCCCUCUUCUGCUUAGCUAUUGGCCAUUCAGCUUUUUAUUAGACCAAUCAGGUGCCUUAGGCAGGCAAGGUAAAACAGCAACACAUCUUUACAUAAUUAAACAAUGCAACAAAAUAAAUGCAACACACCUUUACAUAGUUACAGUAACAUUCCACAACAGCCUUGCCUGGUUAUCUGUUAAGACAUAAGAUGAUUUUAUGUAUCUCUCUAAUCCAACUUCAUAAACUAGUUCAUCUCAUGACAGUUCUACAUGUUUACAAAGUCUUCUUUAUACUACAUUAACACUCCCCCCAUAUAAUUUCCACUCAGUGACCUUUAGAAUGAUGAUAUGUCUAACUGUGUUGUAUAGACAGGUUUUCACAUUUUAGAAAAUAAUUGUAAAAGAGAUCUCUUACAUAGGGCAACAAUUUAAAUUUAUUUCAAUGAUUCUCAACUUCCUAUGGUUUUCUAGUCUUCCCCUUCUAUGUUCUUUUGGGAAUUUCUAAUUUGUGAGUUUCCAUCACAAAGCAUCCCACCCUCAGUGUACCAUGAUAGCAUAAUUUAAGUGGCGCAAGUAUCUUUCUUAGCCUAUUGUACUAGUAUUUACUAUUCUGGUUAAAAGCAUGUAUUGAAGUUAAUACUUUGUCAUAGAUAACAGCUGUGAAACAAAGUCUUCUACUUUAUAGAUGUGAAGAAGUUUCCUAAAGGACUUGAUAUUUCACAUCCUUUCCCAUUAAGUAUUUUUUUUCUUUUACAUUUAGUAUAUGCUUGAUGUUACUUUAAUCUCUGAAUCUCAAUACAACUUCAGGAGACUAAAGGUGAUUCCACACUAAGCACCAUGAAUAUAUCUGAUAACUAUAUGUGUGUUAUGAGAAAUUCAAACCAUUAAUUAAAAUAAACUAUAUAAAUAGAGCUUUCUCUAUUCAAUAUUAAGAAAAUGUCUAGAGAUCAAUGAGCUGUUUAUAUUCCCACUCAGCCUUUUCAAAAUUAUGAAAGGCAUUAAGUGCCUUUCUAUACUCAAAGAUUAAGAAAAUAGUGGUUUAUUAGCAAUAAUAGCUUUUCUUUAUUUCACUGUAUGUAUGUGUAUAUCAUUACCUUAUCAUUAUAUAUAAUCAUAUGUAACUUACUUCCAUUUGAUUUGAUGCAAAGGACAAACAGGAGCACUAGGUGAAAUUUUAAAUAUUAUCAGCAUUCUCAGAUGAGAUCAUACAUAAACACGUUCUCAAGUAUCUAAAGAUUAUCGUAACAUGAAUUCCUAUACAUUUUGCCCUGAGAGUUGAGAUUCUUGGAAACAGCUGACAAGAAUGAGAAGUCAGCAUAAUCAACUCAAUAUUUUUCAUACAUGCAAUAGAUAAGAAAACAAGGCUAUAUAAAAUAUGCUAAUUCAAAGACUUCACUAUAUAUAUAUAUAUAUAUAUAUAUAUAUAUAUUGUUUAAAAUCCACAUAGAAUUUAUUCUGUCAUUAUGUUAGUUUAAAUUAUGCAUAUUCCGUAAAAUGAAUAUCUGUUUAAAGAUUUUUAUGUGUAUGAAUGUUUUGCCUGAUUGUAUGUAUGUGUAUCACAUGCAUACCUGGUCCCCACAGAAAUGAGAAAAGGGCAUUGAAUUCCCUGAAACUGGAGUUACAUAUGGUUGUUGAACUGCCAUGUGGGUGCUGGGAAAGGAGUCCUGGUCCUGCACAAGAGCAGCAUGUGCUCCCAACUGUUGAACCAUCUUUCCUGUCCCAGAAAAAUGUCUAUUUUGAACAUGACACAGACUAAAUUCCUGGGGAAAGGUAUCUUUAGUAAUGGUAUUUUAGGAGGCUAAAAGCCAAUCCUAAAAGUUCAAGUAGAGUCAAAGCACCUUCUGUAACAGAAAGUCAUGUUGUGGACAGUAUAAGGACACGGAUGAGCUUAUGGGAAGGCAUCUGUAUCCUCCCCAUCACUUUUCAGUAACUAUACUCAAAUAAAUGCGGUGUACAGCAGGAGCAACCCUCCAAAGUAAUUCCUAAAUUAUCUCACAUUACUUUCUUUAUUUUGGCGAUCUCUAUGAGGAAGUUAUUUUUGAUUCUCUCUUUUCUUUUUUAGUUAAACUGUUACUAUAUAGUCUAGGUUGGCCUCAAAUUCCACCUAUAGCUUAGGAUAGCCUAGAAUUUACCAUACUUUUGCCUCAGUUUCCCUAGAAGGAUUAUAGGCAAGAGCCAUUAUGCCAUGUUGAUGUUCCUCAAUUUUUAAAACUUCCUGUUAGAAAACUAGAAUUUUUGCUAAGAGACACAUAGUUAUCUCAGUGCAACUGCUAACGGGGAAAACAGCAACUUCUUCUUUGUUCAGUUUCAUUAUUUUUAUUUCUUAGGUGGAAAGGAAUGAUGAAAGACCGCCUUCAAGAAUUAAAACAGAAAACCAAGGAAAUCGAAAUCGAACUCUCUCGGGACAGUCAGGUGUUUGGAGAAGCAGAGGAACAAGGCGUGAUUGUCCAGCAAGCUGUUAUUUAUGAGAGAGAACCUGUAGCUGAGAGACACCUACAAGAGAUCCAAAAACUGCAAGAGACUAUCAACAGCUUUGCUGAUGAGGUUCAAAAGUUUGGACAGCAACAGAAAAGUCUGGUGGCUUCCAUGAGACGGUUUAGCCUACUUAAACGGGACUCUACCAUUGCAAAGGAGAUAAAAACCCAAGCAGAACACAUUCACAGAGCACUGGGUGAUUUAGUCAAAGAAGUAAAAAAGUCAGAGGUUGAAAAUGGUCCAUCAUCAGUGGUCACAAGGAUACUUAAGUCCCAGUAUGCCGCGAUGUUCCGCCACUUUCAGCAAACCAUGUUUCUAUACAACGACACAAUAGCUUCCAAGCAAGAGAAGUGCAAGACAUUUAUCGUCCAUCAGCUGGAAGUGGCUGGAAAAGAAGUGUCUGAAGAAGACGUGAACGACAUGCUUCAUCAGGGAAGAUGGGAAGUGUUUAACGAAAGCUUACUCACAGAAACCAGCAUCACUAAAGCCCAGCUCUCGGAGAUUGAACAGAGACACAAGGAACUUUUGAAUCUGGAGAACCAAGUGAAGGACCUCAGGGACCUGUUCAUGCAGAUCUCUCUUCUGGUAGAGGAACAAGGAGAAAGCAUCAACAGCAUUGAGGUCAUGGUGACCAGCACAAAAGAGUAUGUUAUCAAUACCAAAGAGAAGUUCGGACUCGCUGUAAAAUACAAACGAAGACACCCCUGCAGGGCCCUGUGCUGCUGCUGCUGCUGCCCCUGCUGGGGCUCCAAAUAGAGACGCUAUAUUAGAAACGCCUCAGGGCUUAGGGGGAUGGUUUCCACAUUUCAGAGCCUUGUUUUGGUUGUCUUCAUUUCAUGAGUCCAGUUACAUGCAUUCUAUCAUGGCUAACUGGUUAUUUUCCCCUUUACCAUUUACCCACUAACAGUUACAGAACUGCUGAAGCCAGGGACACAAGACAAGCAUUUACUUAACAUUCUCAGGUUAACUUUUAAAAAUAAAAGUGAAAGACUUUACGUUUCUGGAAAAAUAGAGUUCUACUGUGCAUUUAUAUACUCUUUAGAUGAAUAUUCAAUUAAGUGAUAACUACUUUAUUAAUCUGGUUUAUUUGAGAAUAUUUAUUAAUUAAGAGUUGUAUAACACAAGGCCUCAAAACAUGCCACAGUGCACCAAAAUGAAACUAAAUACCUAUUAAGCCUCUAUCCUCAGAUAGGUAAGGAAACCUGGUGAUCAUUAGGUCCUGGGGAAACUCAAUCAUCAACUUGAUGAAAAACCUACCUGGUGACAGUCAAGCAUAAGACCUAUGGUGUGAUAAGGCUGUUUUUUAUGAACUUGGAAAUGGACAAGAAACUGAAUUACAUACAGAUCGGAGGGCUUGACAAAGUCUAAGUAAAGGCAAUUGUGUUCUUGAAUAUUAUGAUAAAGCAAGCACUAAAGAAAAAAGUAUAAAUUAAUGAAGAGGCCUAAGCACUCUUCAACUUCGGGAUGGUCCUGACAGCCUCCGGAGUGCUUGGAUGACACAGGAAUGUAGCACUGAGCCCAUUUGGCUCUUUUUCUUUAAACAUCUUUUACUUCACUAUGUGUUUUUGCCCACUGUGGCCUGGCUGUACUGUCCUCUUUCUGUAAUGGAGCAGGAGUUUCUAUACUCUUUGUUCCUUAUGCCUGAAAUAAACCUGUCUAUUAUCACCAAUUUCAUGUUCACUUGAAUGUCACCACUGGUGGGUGGUAGACACCAUGAAGAUAUUUAGUCUUUCUACUCGAGAAUAUGAUGCUUCUUCAUUAAUUUAUACCUUUUUUCUUAUUGGUAAACUCUUACCAUCUCCUACAUAUUUUCGAAAGCAACACGGUCAUCUUUGUGGUCGUUUUGUUUGUUUGUUUCUAUUGCUAUUAUGGAGUAAUAUUUCUCUCCAGUAAAUAUUUGCCACGGUUGUCAUUCAAAGAAAAUAAAUGAUUGCCUUUGAGAAAGUCCUUUCCUGACGACUCACCCUAGCAGGGCCAUCCUGAUGACCUGUGGCCUCUCAUCACCCUUCCUUUAAGUAUCUGCUGGAACUUAACACCACCUUACAAACCUCUUUGUUACCGGCUUCUGUGUUAGCAUGUGAAUUUCCAACUGAUUUCCUGUGCGAGUCCAACCAAUAUGCAGAGUCUGUAAGAGAGCUCUGUCUACCACCGAAUUUACUCCGUUGUCUCCUUUCAUUUGAAUGCUGUCUCCCCUCCUUCCAGGAGGGAAGGCUGUGUUUCUGCUUCAGCCCAAGGCGUCUUCAUUCGUGCCCCAGAUCCCAACCCUUGCUACUGCAGAGAUAUCCUUCUCUUCAAUGUCAGGAGGGAAUCCUCCUCUGGGUCACUGCCCUCGGCACAGUGCUCUGUGUUCCUUGUAUUAGGUAUCCUAAAGUCCCUUCACCUCAAAUCUCUUCAGGACUGACUCCUCACCGUAGGGUUCUCUAUGUGUUUAAACCGUUGGCCAGAGUGGUGGGAAUUCGUGUGUGACAAUUUCUAUUUCCUGAAAGACCCUUGACAAAAUUAUCAAUUGAGAAAAGCAGAGUUAAGGGAGCAAGUGGAUGAAUGAAACAAUCAGGUCAGACGGAAGAAUGCAACACCCUGAAAAGUGGCAGGAGAAUGACCAGGAGGCAUCCAGGGCCCAUCUGAGAUGUACUGGGAUAACUUGAAUGUGAUCUCAGCCAGGACACUCAUGUGUUUUUAACCUAGCAACACGCAGCACCUUGAAUGCUGGCAGAGAACAUGAGGGUCCUUGUCUGCUUAGGGUGGUGGCUCUUCCACACCUAUACAAUGCAUGAAAUGUGUGCUGAGGGAGUUGGGGAACUUGAAGGAUUCAACUGUCAUGUUACAUCAUAUUAUAUGUACCAUGAAGUAAUUUUAGUUUAAAUAUAUACAUUGAAUUGCUUUCUACUGUGUCAGUUACCAAGCAUCACCGUGGAAAGGAUGUUUCAUAUGUCCUAGCUUAAAAUGCUUAAAGGAGCAUUCUAAAAAGAUUCCUGUAAGACUCAACAGCUGACUGGAUAAUUCCAGCUAUUACCUCCACUGUUCCUUUUAAAUUUUUUAUCUAGAGUUUUAAGCAUACUCGGUUAUAGCUUUUCUUAAAUUAUUUAUCACGAAAACUAAGACCAUUAAGUACUAUUUAAUAUGCAUUAGUUCAAUUAUGCCCAGAUGGAUUUGUAAAAAGUUCUUUCUGCUAGCAUUUUAUUAUGCUUUUAAAGUAAGAAUUAAGCACAGAUGUAUUGCAAAGCAGUGAAUAAUAUUCAAUUUCACUGCUACAUUCUUUUUAUCAUAUUAAUAUGAAUUAUACAUAUCAAUGGGUUCAACUUGACGUUUCCACACGUGCAUUAUUGUGCUUGAUCAUAUCGACCUUCUUGUGUCUCUCAAACCCUUCUCUGGUAGUUGCUUUCUAUUCUCAGUUGCUCCCCUACACACACUUAGAUUCCAAAUUCUAUACACAAGAGGAAAAAAUGUGACAUUUGUCUUUCUGUCACUGGAUAAGUUCACUUAACUUGGUGACACCUACUUGCUUCCAGUUGCUUACAAAUGACUUGAUUUUGUUCUCCUAUGCUGCUUCUGUGUUGAUUUGCACCUUGGUUUAUGCCAUAACAUGGCUAUGAUAAAUGGUAUCUUAUGGCAAUGUCUUCAAUUGCUUAGUAUUAUCCUAACCUAAGCAACAAGCACAACAUAUUUAAUCAGUUGUUAACUAUUCUGUAUGUUUUAUUUCCACACUUAAUACAAAGUAAAAGCAGCAAUUUUUUUCUUAAUAUAACUACCUGAAAGAGUAAACUAAUUCUUGAAAGAGUUGAUGGAACAAUAUAAGGAAUCUGCUGGAAACAGAAGACAAAAAUAACAUUUAAAAAAAAAGAACAAUUAAAGAUUUUGGGGUGCAUGUUAACACCACUAAAUUGGUUUAAGUGGUUUGAAUUCAUAUAACACUUUGAAGCACUUCGUCAUCAGCAAUAAUAUAAAAACCCAUUUACAGAACAGUAGGAACACUCUGCAGGUCAUGCUUUCAUUAUCCGAAUUCACAUGCUGGCACAGGCUUGCAAAUCCUCAUUCACAAGGAGAGCCACAGAGGCUCAGCGAGAAUCAGUAAGUUUCGGGACUGUGUGGUGUUUGCAUACCUGUAAUCCCUAUCGGAGGCUGGAAGGUUGCUGGGAGUCCCAAGUCAGCCUGGGCUACAGCAUGAGACCUUGUCUCAAGGAAACAAAGAAAGGGAGAGGAAGAAGAGAAACAAAGGGAGGGGAGAGGAGAGGAGGAGAGGAAAGGGAACCUCUAGAGGCCUGUCUGCUUCCAAAGGUUUCCCCCUCCAAAUCCUGGAGGUCUGGGAUGAAAACGGUGAAGCAGGCGGUCCUUGGCAACAUGUUGAUGCCCACCUGGCAACACUGUCAAGUAUUUGUUCUUUGUGAGUUUUAGAGAGUGUGAUAGCGAAAGAAGAGGGCAGCAUAAAUAGUGGAGGAGGCUGGAGUGCAAGCCCACAGCAUAGGCAGCCUCAGGAGGCUGCAAGAGCAGCCAAGCUUCCGACAGCCCACAGUGUAGGCAGCCUCAGGAGGUUAGAAGAGCAGCAAAGCUUCCGACAGUGGCCCUAUAACGCCAGUGAGCUGGGGACCCAAGAGCAUGAAGUGGGUCAAGGUAGUCACACCCGCGUUUAAGAAAUCCUGGUGAUAGGACUCGAGGGUCUCGAGCCCAGUAAAGACUUGUCACUCUAGGCUAAGAUACGCCACUAUUCCAAUAGCUAAACCGGACUAACACAAGUAGAAUUCCUAUUGUCCUGAAAAGAAAUUUUAGCUGGUGGCUUCAGAGAUAUUCUGGAUGAAGGUCCAACAAACUGGACUCCAAAAAGGUGACAGGCAGUGACUUCUUUUCUCUCUAAAGACAGGUGUAAGUCUACAAAUGGCACCCGUCGUCUUAGGACAUUGCUACCAACUGGGGCUGAUGAAAAUUUCAAUAUAUUUAGUUAUGGAAUUAAACUUCCAGUUCAUUUUAUUUCAUAGGAAAUCAAAUAGUGCCUUGCAUAAUUAAUUUGAAGUAUAGUAGGUACUCAGUAUUUGUUGAAUUAAUAUAUGCACAGAUGCAUAGAUACACAAGAGAAAAAUGAAGAAAAAUAAAUAAAUGGCUAUUUAGUUAAAAAGACAUGAACUACUCAUUUAUGACAAACAAUGAUUAAUAUUUUAAUUUUACUUCAGAAACCAGUGAGUCUCUGUUUAAAUAUUUUCAAAGACCAAGUUCACCCGUAGGGCUCAACCAAGGUCACCUUUCAUAUAUACUUCUAUUAAUAUUUUACUUCGGAUUCAAUAAAAGUGAGACCUGAUUCUAUAGAGGAAGUGACUUCUUUAAUCAAACACUUAAAAGUUUAAAAACGUAAGCUUUACCAAUAAAUGAUCCAAUAAAGUUUCAACUUUUAUAAUCAAGUUUCAAAUAGCCUUGUUUAAAAAUCCCCAUUUGCUAUGGAGAAGCACCAGGAGAAACUCCUCUUUUAAGCACCGGGGAGAAACUCCUCUUGCAUUACUCCUCUUAUUAAUCAACCAUGAUGGGUUGGUUUUUUAUACCUUAAUAAUGAAGUACAGGAAUGAGGACAAAGCAAAGAAAGACAGGGGCAUUUACUCAGUAACUUCCCGCUGAGGAGCAAUCUGAACUAAGAUUUCCUCUUUGCCUUCUUUCACGUCACAGCGCCACCUGGCGCUCACUGUGCACAAAUGCGAGGAAGACCAAUGUCCCUUCUCAAUGUCUUCUACAAAUGUUCCAGCUUAAGGACAAAAUGCUGUAAGCAUAUGACUGAGACAAUGAAGCUAGAUCACACAUGCAAUGGGGAAAUAUGAAAGCUCAAUUAAAGUGUCAUUAGAGAAGGACCCAUUUAAGGAACUUUCAAAAAAUGCACUCCUGGGAAAAGAACAGCAGUCGGGGAGAUAGCUCAGCUGGUUGGGGGAGGGCCUGCCUCGCUCGCACAAGGCUGUGGGUUUGCUUGAUCAAGGGGGUUCACACCUGUAAUCCCAGCACUGGGGAGGUGGAGGUGAUGGAUCUGAAAUUUGAGGUCAUCCUUGGCUACAUAACUACCUCAAGAACAGCCUGAGCUAGGUGAGAGCCUGUCUUAAAGAAAACAAAACCCAAAAGGAAGGCAAUAAGAAAGGACAAUGACAAAAUAUAAGUUAUUAAGAGAGGAAGCUAGGUGUGACGGCACAACUCACGAUGCUGAGGCAGGAGGAUCAAGAGUUCAAGCUCAACCAAGGCUACAUGGCAAAAUCUUGUUUUGAAAAGGGCUGAGGUUGCAGCUCGGUGGCUGCAAAUGCUCAGAGCAUUUGCCUAGCAUGCCUAAGCCAUAUCUGCAGGGGGCGGGGGGAAUGAAAGAGCUCAGAGCAUUUGCCUAGCAUGCCUAAGCCAU